GAAAAACCCAAAAAAAAAAAAAAGCAUCUUCAUUCUUUAGAACAAGCUGCAAAAGGAGUAAACUUUCCCUCAUCCACAAUUUCCCAGCACUUCACUCAAUCUUUAUUUCUCACUCUCUUUCUAUAUUUUAAUCUAUCUUUUUGCAAAUUGCAAAAAAAAUUUGCAAAUGAUGUUGAUUGAUACAACUAUGGCUGUUCGAGUUCACUCCUCUUUUUCACUAGCUUAUUGCCGUUCAAGUUGGAGUUCUGAUGAUUUUAUGGGGGUCAAUGUCUCUGUACCUUGGAAUAAAGUCAAGAGAUUGAGAAAAAACUUUGUUAAUAAAAGGAAUGAGUUAAGUAAAAGCAGGAUUCAAGCAUCUGGGAAGUAUUUGGGUUCAGGGUCUGAUCAUAUAGAGGAGAAUGGCAAGUCUAAGUAUCAUCCAUAUGAGGAUAUUUCGGACUCCGAAGCAACUGAAGCUGGAGAGGGUCGGCUUACUACUUCUGAAACUAGUAGGACUAUCAUUGAGGUGAACAGCAAAGCGACUCUGAUGUUUUCUGGCAUGAUCAAUGAUGAAGUUCAUGAGAACAUUUUCUGGCCAGAUCUGCCUUACCUGAUUGACGAACAUGGAAAUGUUUACUUCCAGGUGGAUAAUGACGAAGACAUUAUGCAAUCCCUGACUUCUGACAAUAACUACGUGCAUGUCAUCAUUGGGCUGGACACCAAGGAAAUAUUGAGUGAGAUGGAGUUAUCAGGUCCAGCUACAAUAGAUUUUGGUAUUGAGGAAAUUGAAGAAGAAGAAGAAAGUGAUUUUGAUGAAGACAAGGAGGAGGGUGAUGACGAUGAGGAUGAUGAGUUUGAGGGGGAUUGGGUUGAUAUUCUUGAAGUUGAUGACGAUCAUGCUGAUUCUGAUGAAUCUCUGGGAGACUGGGCAAAAUUAGACACAAUGCGUUCUUCACACCCUAUGUAUUUCGCGAAAAAGAUUUCUGAGGUUGCAUCUGAUAAUCCUAUAGAUUUUAUGGUACAACCUCCAGCUGGCCUGGCUAUACAAGGCCUUCUGAGACCUGCAUUUAUCGAAGAACGAUCUGUCAUUCAGAAGAACAGGUUGAUUCUUCCAGAUAAAGACGCUGAUGUCAACAAGGGUGAAAAGAAUACAGAAAACAAGGUAGGAAAUGUUAGUAUAGUUAAUGGCCAUGCUCAUGUUUCGGCUUCUCCUGAAGAUAACUCUGUGUGGACUGAGGAUUUGGAAAAGGAUGAUGGUGUGUCUAGUGGAACUGCAUUCUAUAAGCUAGAGAUGACUAAGAUACAACUAAUUUCAGCCUAUGGAAAUCAGACUUCAGUUGAAGUUGAAGAUUACCGUAAGGCACGUUCUGACGCAAUUGCGCAUUCAGCUGCCAAAAUAAUAUCUCGUGUGAGUGCCGCAGGAGAAAAGACGACCAAUGCCCUUAAAACCCUGUGUUGGAGGUGCAAGGGUCUUCAAGUAGAGGAGGCAUCACUUAUUGGCGUAGAUUCUCUUGGUUUCGACCUAAGAGUUUGCUCAGGAACACAAGUACAAACGUUGCGUUUUGCAUUCAAUUCACGGGCCACUUCAGAAUAUAGUGCUGAGAGACAGCUUAAUGAUCUAUUAUUCCCUAGAAGCAAUCAGAAGGCUCAAAAGGUAAAACAAACCCGGAGGAAAGAAAGCUGAAGCUAAAUGGAUAGAAAUUCAAAGUUUUCCAUUUGAAAUCUUCAGUUUGGUGCGGGAUGCUGCAGGUGAAUUUCUGUUUUUAGCUCCAGAUCUCAUGUAUUUCUAACCAAGAUCAUUAUGUAGCAAAAGUUCAGUUACAUUUGCUCUGCAACUAGCGAAAUUUGUACAGCCCAUUUUCCUUCAACAUAUGCUUGCUCUGGUAAUAGAUUCACAGCAAGGUAGAGGUGGUGUUUUUUUUAUGGUAAAAUUGCACAAAUUUGUCAUCAAAUGUAGAUCAGUAGAGAGGACGACGGAGGGGGAAGAUUUCUCCUCCUGUUCGGGAAAAUUCAAAGUUUUCAUUUUUGUUUUUUUAGCAUAUACUGUUUUACCCCCUCCUCUGCUAAGAAAAUGUCCUUGGGGGAUGUGUACAUCAGCAUCUAAACUUAAGCAGAUCAGGUUCAAUCAUGAAGUUAAUGGCAUAACAUAUGAUUCUGGAAAUCGCGCUGUAUGUAAUGUUAUUGUUAACAACAGUUUCAUCUAUGCAAGAGAACUUACUGUGA